AUGGCUUUUACGGAGAAUCAAUCACAAUUUAAUCGACGCUUGCGAACAUGGCCUUUUCGAAGGCAUCGCACCGCUUCUAACGGAAGUACUGAUGGCAAAAUUGAUCGCAAAAUAAGAUAUAAUUCGGAACUAGAUCUAACACGUUAUGAACUAUUAAGACCAAUAUUUAUGACAGAUUCAUCAAAAACUAUGGAAAUUAGUGAACGAGAUAUUUCUCAGGAUUCUGCUACUAUAUCGAUGAAUACAGGUAAUGUAAUAACAGCAAGUUAUCGAAAAAAAUCUAUUCAUACUAAAACUCUUCAUGAAUGUCCUAUAUGCUGUAAUAGUAUACAACUGAAUGAAUUAAAACAAAUGUCAUGUUGUUCAAUCAAACUUUGCUCGUCAUGCCUUUUAAUGCAUACAAUAACAAAUAUUAAUAAUGGAAUAAUGAACAUUCAAUGUCCAGCAUGUUCACAAGAUUUUAAUUCUUCAGCAAUAUUAUAUAAUAAUGAAUUACCAACAUCCAUACGUGAACGUUAUCAACAACUAUUAGCACAACAAUUAUCUGAGAAACAGAAUACUUGUCUUAAAUUAUGUCCUCAUUGCAAUUUUAUAACUAUACUUGAUGAAGAUAAUCCAUUGGUAACAGGAAAAAAAUUACACCGAUCAUUUCAGCAAUGGAUACAUUGUGAACAAUGUAAUCAAGAUUGGUGUUGGUCGUGUUAUUCUCCAUCACAUCCAAAUGAAACGUGUCGAGAAUUCAAAAAAAAUCAUAGUCAACUUGAUGUAUGGGCAAAAACACGUCGUACAGAUGAUAGAAAUCAACGUAAUGCACAACGUUGCCCAAAAUGUUCAAUUUAUAUUGAAAAAAUUGACGGUUGCGAUCAUAUGAUAUGUGGCAAAUGUAAUUCAAAAUUUUGCUAUCGUUGUGGUUCUAGAAUGAGAUUACCAUUUUAUAUUGGACAUGAUGCAAAAUAUUCAAUAUUUGGUUGUAAAUAUAAACUGUGGCCAAAACGUCCAUUAUUACGUUGGCUUAUCCGUGGUUCAAUAUUUACUGGCGUAAUUAUUUUAACUCCAGUGGUGCUUGGUACAUUUAUUGCACUUGUUGCUGUUGGAAUUCCAACGAUUCUUGUUAUUGGUUGUUUCGCGUUACCUUUAUAUCCAUGCCUCAAAUGUAGAAAACGACACUAG